GCUUUAAAAUUUACUAAAAAUCAAUCGAAUGAGAAUAUGCGAGUUGUGGAUGACAAUCAAAUAUCUGCAUACGAAGUCGUAGGUGUACUAUUAUGAUAUCAAGGCGAGUGUGAUUGCUGACAAGGCAGAUAAAGAACAUACUCAUAAAGCUAGGAAGGAAUCAAGAGACAAUAAUGGAUCUACAAGGAAUUGAUACCCUGACGGCAAUGGGUUUCUCGCGUGAACAAGCCAUCCCUACGUUGAUUGCUGCGAACAACGACCUUACCGUUGCGAUCUCACUACUGGUCGAUCAAAGUCAAGCCCAUUCCGCUCGAAGCACAGAUACGGCUGGGACUAUAUUGAACACUGAAAAGAAGAAGAAGAAUGCUAUGGAGUAUCCACCUCCGCCUUACGACACGUCCAAUGUUCCACCGGCAUACCCGGUACACUCCCCACCAGAAUCCCAUGAUUUUGUCGACCUAUUACCCGCCGAUGCACAGAAAGUGUGUUCAAAGCUGGCAGAGGAUUCUGUCGCUGCAAAUAUCAACUUAAAGUGUCCCAGAUACAAAGCACAGCAAGUAGACUUACCCAAGUACAGGCCACCUCCGAAGGAGGGGAAUUGUGCGAAGUGUUUCAAUACAAUUAAGUCAGACGAGCCCUCAAUGACACUCACCGGUCAGCAUCUGCACUUGUUAUGCUAUGCGCAGAGGAUAGCACCGAAAUGUUCCCAUUGCCACGAUGCGCUGGUGCCUGAUGCGCGCAAGAAUCGUACCGGCCGAUGGGUUCCAUUAGACGAGACGUUGGGCAACAGAGUGCACGAGGAGUGUUAUCGAUUAAGCGGUCCGCGAUGUGUACAUUGUUACGAUGUCAUCUAUCAAGCCCCAGAGAAGAACCGGUCGGGCGAUUGGGUGUACACAGACCCUCCCACAAAUGAACGAAAGGCACACUUGGAGUGUUGGCAUCGUUUUAAUAGAGACAACGUGCUCGCGAGGUGAUACACGCUUUUCAGAGUGGUUUGGGCCACAGAGAACAGAAAACAACUUUGAUUGCUGUUACUGAAAGCGGAAGUAUGAGAAUCUCGUGGUACUACAGACUGGCAAAUAUGGCCCGGAUGUGCAACACGCCAGACAACGGAAAUAUUCUGGCUGAAAGAAACGUUCAGAUGUAGUUCUUUACAAAUUAUGCGUGUCUCUGAAAUUUAAUGAAGAUGCAGAUGCAGCCGUGCACUCAUAAUAUAUAGCAAUCCAGAAGGAUAUGUAGUAGCGGUGGUCUGCAUGAUGACCACGUGUGUAUAUGACACAAGAAUGAUGGCCUGCAUGCUACUUAAUGAAUUUUCUGUCGGGGUCUGCAAUUUGACAUAAUCGGUAAGCACUCCCAUACUCAGAUACCAUAUUUCAGGCGUGAGGUUCAGUUUUAUUUUCAAAACGCAGAAACUGGACUUGAAAUAACACCAAUUUUAAUACUAUAUACCAUUAAUAAAAGUAUGUAUAUGCAAACAUA